CUUGAUGAGCUCAAAGCUCUUUUCCAACCUGGUUGCUUCCAUGAUUCCAUGCAGGAUGGAGGCUCUGCUCUUCACCCCCAUAGCAGUAGGGGGUGAAUCCCAGCUGGCAAAGCAGCAAUUCCUUCCAAUUGGUGUUGAAUUGAUCUCAGCUUCUCAUCCCUGAAGGGCUGAGGCUUGAGCUGACCCCAGCAUUGAGCAGAGGGGAGCUGGUGGCAGGUCACUGUCUCCCUCAUCAGCCUUCCCAUUGCCUAAAGAUAUUCCUGUGUUCCUCACGUCAGGAGCCAGCUCCUGCCUAUUGAAUCCCAUUUUAUCACUUAAAGCCACUGAGUCAUCCGGUUAUGGGUCGGGAUGAGCGCUGCUCCCUGUGUCCCACUAACCCAUCCCAUCUCCAGCUGCUCCAGAUGUGAUGGAGACACCUUAAAACAGGGUUGAAGUUGGUGGGAGCUGAGCCCUAACAUCAACCACCCAUUGCAGGAAGGGUUUAUUCCCAGGUUCUAUGUGCUGCAGCCAAGGAAUGAUGCUUAUCUGCGCCUCAGGGGUGGGAACAGACCCAAAUCCCUGCUCCAGCUCCCAGCGCUGGUUUGUCCAUCCUAGGCAGCAGCUGGAGAGGUUUAAAGCGUGAACAUUUCCCUUAUAGGGAGGUGCUGAGGACCGGGAGUCUUGAAAUCCCACACAAAGCAGGGAUUGCCCCCUCCUUUAUCCCACAUCCAUCAGCUUUGCCUGGGGGAUUCUUGGCGUUCCUGGGAGCAUCCCAGGGCCGUGGCCACCCUCCCGAUGCUCCCAAGCACCGGCAGCUGGAUUGGCUGCGGUGGCCAAACCUUUCCUUUUUAGGCUGCACGCCUGCUCCUGCCUGCUUGGAGGCUUUGCUGCUGCGGUCCCAGCUCCGAACCGGCCGUGCCGACGCUUCCCAUCCAUCCCCACUGCGGUGCCGAGGGAUCCUGCAGGGAUCGGGAGCUUGGAGCUGGACCCGUCUGUGCCUGGCUCAUCGGGAUUCGGUCCCAGAGGAAAGGAGCCCUCGCCUCUGUGCUUUUCCCCCCAGGUCCCCCCUGACCACCAGCAGCUCCCGGCCCCACCAUGUGCGAGGAGGAAACAACCGCCCUGGUGUGUGACAAUGGCUCUGGCCUCUGCAAAGCCGGGUUUGCAGGUGACGAUGCCCCUCGCGCCGUCUUCCCCUCCAUCGUGGGGCGGCCCCGGCACCAGGGUGUCAUGGUGGGCAUGGGGCAGAAAGACAGCUACGUAGGCGAUGAGGCGCAGAGCAAGAGGGGUAUCCUCACGCUCAAGUACCCCAUUGAGCACGGCAUCAUCACCAACUGGGAUGACAUGGAGAAGAUCUGGCACCAUUCCUUCUACAACGAGCUGCGUGUGGCCCCCGAGGAGCACCCGACCCUGCUCACUGAGGCACCCCUCAACCCCAAGGCCAACCGGGAGAAGAUGACUCAGAUCAUGUUUGAAACCUUCAACGUCCCCGCCAUGUACGUUGCCAUCCAAGCUGUCCUCUCCCUUUACGCCUCCGGCCGCACCACCGGCAUCGUCCUCGACUCUGGGGACGGCGUCACCCACAACGUGCCCAUCUACGAGGGCUAUGCACUGCCCCACGCCAUCAUGCGCCUUGACUUGGCUGGCCGCGACCUCACCGACUACCUCAUGAAGAUCCUCACCGAGAGGGGCUACUCCUUCGUCACCACCGCCGAGAGGGAAAUCGUGCGUGACAUCAAGGAGAAGCUCUGCUAUGUGGCCCUGGACUUCGAGAACGAGAUGGCCACGGCUGCCUCCUCCUCCUCGCUGGAGAAGAGCUACGAGCUCCCCGAUGGGCAGGUCAUCACCAUCGGCAACGAGCGCUUCCGCUGCCCCGAGACCCUCUUCCAACCCUCCUUCAUCGGCAUGGAGUCAGCCGGCAUCCACGAGACCACCUACAACUCCAUCAUGAAGUGUGACAUUGACAUCCGCAAGGAUCUUUACGCCAACAACGUCUUGUCCGGCGGCACCACCAUGUACCCUGGCAUCGCCGACCGCAUGCAGAAGGAGAUCACAGCCCUGGCUCCCAGCACCAUGAAGAUCAAAAUCAUCGCCCCACCGGAGCGCAAGUACUCGGUGUGGAUCGGAGGCUCCAUCCUGGCGUCCCUCUCCACCUUCCAGCAGAUGUGGAUCAGCAAACCCGAGUACGACGAGGCCGGACCCUCCAUCGUCCACCGAAAAUGCUUCUAAGCCCCCUUCUCACCCCAUGGUGGCCCCAACCACCCGGCUGGGGCCCCCUGCUCCUCCUCGGUCCCCACUGCUCCUCCCCACCGCGCAUUAAAGCCUUUUCUCCAGGUU